ACUCAACCAUCAGUUACUAUAAUUUAGUUGGACACAUAUUUACACCAAUAACUCCACACAGAAUGGUGGAGUUUUUUUCAUGAAUGCUAGUGUGGCCCAUAAUAACAUAAUUCCUCUUUCAAAUGGGUUGGUGUUCAUUCUCAGUGUGAUGACGUCACAGAAGGUCAGGGGGAUUUAGUCUGAGGUCAUCUGAUGUCUUAGAUUCGCCUGCCGCUGAUGCACCAAGGAGGCGCCGUUUCUUUACAACCAACAAUAAACCCUGGUGAAAAUGUACCCAAUCGCCCUAACACAGCAGGCACGGUUGAAUCCUUUCCAGACUCCUUUUUUUUCCAUGAAACCACAACAGCAACAAGAGAGCCAGCAGAUAAAACGCAAACUUGCUGCAGCAGCUUCUGAUGAUGCAGAUGUGAGCUGUAAGUAUGGGUCAAAUAAAUAUUACGCCCUCUGCGGUUUCGGUGGGGUUUUGAGCUGUGGUCUCACACACACAGCAGUCGUGCCCCUCGACCUCAUUAAAUGCCGCAUACAGGUGGACCCGGAUAAGUACAAGUCCAUUUUCAAUGGUUUCUCAGUCACCCUGAGAGAGGAUGGCUUGAGGGGUCUGGGCAAAGGGUGGGCUCCUACAUUCAUUGGUUACUCCAUGCAAGGCCUUUGCAAGUUUGGUUUCUAUGAAGUCUUUAAGGCCCUGUACAACGACAUGCUUGGAGAGGAGAAUGCUUAUUUGUGGAGGACUUCAGUGUAUCUGGCCGCAUCUGCCAGUGCUGAAUUUUUUGCUGAUAUUGCACUGGCUCCUAUGGAAGCAUGUAAAGUGCGUAUCCAGACGCAGCCCGGCUAUGCUAACACCCUGAGAGAGUGUGCCCCCAAAAUGCAUGCUGAGGAGGGGCUAAAAGCGUGA